AUGGACAAGUGGAUGGAACUUGGGCGUGAGAUGGGAUUAGGUGGUGAGGAUCUGAUGAGUUUUGUGAGAGAGAGGGAGAAAUUUGCGAGGGAUGAACGUGCACAGCUUAUGGAGUUGAGGAAGCACGAAAAGGAUAUAUUAGAAUUACGGUUGCAAGCGAAAAGAGAGCAUGGGGAAAUUGCGGUUGGUGAAAGAGACUCGGGGUAUGCUAAUGCACCAAAGUUACCCUUGUUCAAUGAGGAUAAGGAUGACUUGGAUGCAUGGGUUCAAAGGUUUGAGAGGUAUGCAUUGGCAAUAGGAUGGAAGCGUAGAGACUGGGCAAUAAAUUUGAGUACCCUUCUUACCGGUAAAGCACUGGACACGUACUCGCGUUUGGCAGUACAGUCGGCAAGCGAUUAUGAUGCACUAAAGUUGGCUUUGUUUAAGCAGUAUAAUUUAACCGAAGAUGGUUUUCGGAAAAAAUUCCGAGGUGCGAAACCUGAUGAAACAGAGACGGCAACUCAGUUUGCUGCACGAAUAGAAAACUAUUUUGAUCGAUGGAUACACAUGUCUGAAAUUGGUGACUCUUUUGAGGAUUUAAAAAAUCUGAUUCUGAGGGAGCAGUUUAUCGAUAAUUGUGGUCCAAGCUUAGCUACCUUUUUAAAAGAACGCCCAUCCAAAUUGAUUGCUGACAUGGCCAAACUAGCUGAACAGUUUGUAGAGGCCCGUGGUACAAAGUUUGGGCAGGUAAAUAGACGAGUUAAUUGUAAUGAAAAGAAACCCUCUCAGGGCAAAGCUGUUAACUCCAGCUCUCCCACUCGUCAACGAAAAACCAGUCAAGGCGAUGGUUGUUUUGUCUGUGGUAAAAAGGGACAUUUUGCACGGGACUGUCGACAAAGAGUAACUAAAACAGUUAAGGCAUCAUGUCUCAUUGUAAGGGAACCAAAUAGGUCCAAACAAGCAGCAGUGUCUACCAACAUAUCUGAGAAUGAUAUUGUGACCUGCCGGCUUCCAGAAAGCGUGAAUGAAAUGAAUGAAUGCUGUCUGCAACAGGAUCAUGUGACAUUGCAUUGUGGCCAUCAACUCCCUGUUAUGAGUGCAGCGUGCCGGGGACAGAUGCCACCGAAAAUGCCGGUAGCGGUAGGUUGUGUUGGUGGUGUUGAAGUUUCAGUUCUAAGAGAUAGUGGAUGUAGUGGUAUAGUGGUAAGGCGAGCCCUUGUUUCUGAUGACCAGCUAACUGGAGAGUUUAGAGUCUGUGUUCUUGUAGAUGGUACAGCAAGGAAGAUUCCAGUGGCUCGGAUAGAGGUGGAUACUCCGUAUCUCAUAGGUAUGGUGGACGCCCUGUGUAUGAAGAGUCCCGUAUAUGACCUUAUCCUUGGAAAUGUACCAGGAGUUCGUGACCCAUCUGACCCCGACUUAAAUUGGAAUGGUGGUUCGCAUUUAGAUGUGCAGUCUGGAGACUGCAGUGAGCCAGUAAAAGAGAUGAUAUUGGGGGUACAGACGAGAGCCCAAAAGAUGUUGGAGCGCAAACCUACACGAGGCUUAAAGGUACCAAACAGUCCCAUAGAGAUGGUAACAGUCGCCGAAUUACAGAAAGAACAGAAAACUGAUGUAACCUUGAAGCGCUGUUGGGAACUGCUGAAUGAAGGUAGUAAACUGCUUGCAAGGAAUGGUAAUGAAUCAGAGUUUGUUCAACAAAAGGGAAUUCUGUACCGGAAUUUCAAAUCGCCACACAUCAAGAAUGGUGAUGGUUUCCACCAGGUGGUCGUGCCAUUGACAUUUCGGCACCAAGUAAUGAAGCUAGCACACGAGUCAAUACUCGGGGGACACCAAGGGACCCAGAAGACGGUGGACAAGAUUAUCACACAUUUCUACUGGCCAGGUAUUCAAUCAGACAUUCGGAGAUUUGUUCGAUCCUGUGAUGCAUGUCAGCGAACGUUCUACAAAGGUAAAUCCCUCAGAGUACCCUUAGGCAAAAUGCCAUUGAUUGAUACACCCUUUGAACGUGUAGCAGUAGAUCUGGUUGGGCCAAUAUUUCCAGCUACGAAGAGAGGUAAUCGUUACAUUCUCACUCUAGUUGAUUACGCAACUCGAUAUCCUGAGGCAGUGGCGCUGAAGAACAUUGAAACUGUUACUGUAGCAGAGGCACUCGUGGACAUGUACAGUCGUAUAGGUGUUCCACGAGAAGUAUUAUCUGAUCAAGGUUCACAGUUUACAUCAACACUUAUGAAGGAAGUUAGUAGAUUACUGUCUAUCAAGGGAUUGACAACCACACCAUAUCAUCCUUCUUGUAAUGGGUUGGUUGAACGUUUCAAUGGUACCCUGAAACAAAUGCUCAGACGGAUGUGUGGAGAAAGACCCAAAGAUUGGGACCGGUAUCUAGCCGCCCUGUUAUUUGCUUAUAGGGAAGUGCCACAGGCAAGUACUGGAUUUUCACCAUUCGAGCUAAUUUAUGGGAGAACCGUGAGGGGACCAAUGUCAAUACUUAAAGAACUAUGGACCAAUCAAGUGGAUGAAGCGGAAGUGCGUACUGUGUAUCAAUACGUACUUGAUCUCAAAGAGAGGCUGGAGAACACGUGUAAACUUGCUCAAGAAAGUCUUGGAAGAGCCCAGUGGAAAGGUCCUUUCCCAGUGUUGGAGCGAUUGAAUGAUACUAAUUACAGGAUUAAUCUUUCAGGCAAGGAGAAGACAUUUCAUGCCAACUUGCUAAAACUUUAUGUUAAACGGGAAGAAGUCAAAGAGAAAAAUGAUGAAAUGGUCGUUUGUGCUGCUCUUUUGGACACGGAGUCUGAUGAUGGUAAUCCGAAUAAUGAUACCUUUGAGGAGUUGCUGAUCUCAUCCACCAUACAGCCAACUCAAACUAUACAGGAUGUGGUAGUGAGCUCCAAUUUGAAUGAGGAACAGAAGGCUGAGGUGGAGAAACUAUUGGGGAAAUAUUCGGAUGUUCUGACUGAUGUUCCAGGAAGGACAAAUCUUGGAGAGCACGAGAUAAAGCUCACAACUGAUGAGCCAGUGAGACAGAAACCUUACCCUAUACCCUAUGCUAUGAAAGAUACAGUGAAGAAAGAGCUGUCAAUGAUGGAGCGAUUUGGGGUUAUAGAACGAUCUGACUCUCCAUACUCUUCCCCAAUUGUUCUGGUGAAGAAAAAGGAUGGUACGAUGAAAAAUGGGGAUUUCUACAAAUCUAUGAUUUCUUUACUCCAUGAAAUUGAUACUGUAUUGCGCGACAUUUUGAGUGUUCCAAACGAGUUAAAGCCGAAUUUCAAAGGAUGUUACUCCCCACCAUUAUGCAAACUAGAAGGCGGUCUUCAAUGGAGAAUUCUCCAUGGAGCUUAUACUAUAGUAUAG